AAUGGAACCUCGAACAGCAACGAAGAUGAAACUACGAACUACGAACGCGAAACGGCCGUCCAAGGAACCUUGCGUGAACCGGAAAGAUUGCGGGGAAAGUACCGAAGGGGAGAAAGACCGUGUUUCUUGGGAGUGGAGGAAUCGUGAUUCGGGAACAGCCAAAGGGCCGUGCUGUUAUUCCGUUUCUCCGUCCAGGUAGCUGCCUGCUUUCUUUUCCUUUUCGUUUGAGGCAAGUGAAGCUUCUUCUUAGCUUCUUUCUUUCUUCGGUCCCUUACCCAGCCCGGAAUUGUCAUUUUCACCACUCACAAAGCCGGGCUUACGAAAGCCCCGGUCGCUCUCCGUUUGACCCCACCUAGCCAGGCUCUGUAUCUGCCCGAUGUCGGUAGCCCGGUCCGUCCGCUUGUGAACACUACUCUCGCAUUGCUUCCUUUCUCAUCUUCGCUUCUCCCCGCCCUCCUCUCUUCACUUUUAUUCCGUUCACUUCACUUUGUUUCUCUCUCAUAUUCGUCUCGCUACUUGUCAUGUCUUCCCAACAGCUCUUCUAUCCCUUGAACUGCCUCACUUCUUGAGACUUCAAAACUCUCUUCCAUAUUUUUUUGACGGGGUGGUAAGCUACCACACAUUUCCCCGUAAAUCGAACCUGCAUUAGCAUAUCUGAAAUGAGAGAAAUAAACAGAAUAACUACAAACUUCACGAAUAACGAGUCAAAUCUGUGGUUUCGAUGGGCGGGUGGGCGCCAACGUUUCGCGGUGCGCUAGGCAACAGAUCAUAGUGUCUAACCCAUCCUACUGUCCUGGGUGUCCCGGAAGCAUGGCGGGCUUGGAGACACCUGCUCUGGUGUUCGGGGUUUCCACCAGUCCCCCGGACAAGAAGCGGAUUGGCUGUGAUAUCAUAUAUAUUCUGUCCUGUCCUGUAGAGGAUAUGCAUGGGGUUUUUGGUGGCAGGGCACCGGGGGGGGGCUGGGGGGGGCAGGUGCACCAGAGAUUUUUUUAAUAUCUGAGAAUAUAGGGCCGCACAGGGCCUAGGAGACAGACAAGGUAUGGGUGGGUGAGUGGGUGACUCGGAUUGUGUUUUGGCAUCUAGCACAUAAUACCCAAUUUGAAUAAUAACAAAAGAGUGAGUUUCCAUGAUUCUAAGAAGUCACGGGGUUGACGGGAAGGUUGUGGGGUGAGAAAACAUAAUAACAGAUCAUUUCCGAUCACUAAAAGAGAAAAGUGAUGAUAGAAAUUGAGAUACCAAAGGGAAAGUGAAAAACUCCAACACUUCCUCCGUAUUACGGUUCACUCAACAGCUCGCCAAACAUGGGGUCUCCUAGGUUGGUCAUUCACCAUAGUCCUGCACGUUCUGCGGCUGUUACCAACACAGAUUCUUACGGUCUCUUCCGCCGGUUGGAUCACUGUCACUUCUAGUUGAGCCUGUUUCCAUAAGAUGCUGAUAGGAAUGGUACGAGGUCUGUAGAAAAGGGAGAAAAUAGAUCUGUAUUUUCUUUUUGCUCUAUACCAUUCAGGUACCUUUCUCGCUUGCUGUCGAUCUAACGGGCACAGUGGUGAUCCAUAUAAAAGAUAUAGCUCUCUCCUCAUAAAGAUAGAGCUUCUCCCUGGCCCCUUUUCUUCCGGCUAUCAGUCCGGCUUCUUUCCCGCU